AUGAGUGGUUUUAUGCAGCUGUUCGCGGCAGAGUCCGCUGACGCCGCCGCGACCGCUCAGUGCCUGAUGACGUGGUUUACCACGUUCGGUGACAUAUGGGUGUCAGAUGGCGGCCCUCAAAUCAAGAACGAAGUGAUUGAGAAUGUCGGAAGUCCCGUGGCCGAAAGCCACACAAAACAUCGGCGUUGGAAAAUGGAGUGGAUUACUUUGCGAAAGGGCGCGGAUGCAGUCGUCGCGACAACUCGACGCGGUCACGUCCCCUUGUGGAAGAAGCACGAUUUGAAUAGUAGCAGCAACAGCAGCAGUCGGAAAGUCUCCAACUAUGACAUGGCAGCCCCUCGUCGGCGACAGAAUCAACCGUGUGUGCUGUACAAAGCAAACUCACUGGGAGGGUUUGUGCUCCUGCGAACCCACACCACCACCCCCGUUGUGGUUGAUCGCAUGGGAUGA